GGAUAGAUGGGGUCUGUUAGCCACGGGCACUGCUCUGAUGAAGCAGAAAGGAGGAGGAGGACUGGGAGGCCUUCGGGAGAACUGUCUCAGAAUCAGUAUGUUAAGGAUACCAGUAAGAAGGGCCUUAGCAGGUCUUGCUAAGACUCCUAAAGGAUGUGUUCGCAAAACUUCCACAGCAGCAAGCAACUUGAUUGAAGUAUUUGUGGAUGGCCAGUCUGUCAUGGUAGAACCAGGAACUACUGUUCUCCAAGCUUGUGAGAAGGUUGGCAUGCAGAUCCCUCGAUUUUGUUACCAUGAAAGAUUGUCUGUUGCUGGAAACUGCAGGAUGUGCCUUGUUGAAAUUGAGAAAGCUCCUAAGGUUGUAGCUGCGUGUGCCAUGCCUGUAAUGAAAGGUUGGAAUAUUCUAACAAACUCAGAAAAGUCUAGGAAAGCCAGAGAAGGGGUGAUGGAGUUCUUAUUAGCAAAUCAUCCUCUCGACUGUCCUAUUUGUGACCAGGGAGGUGAAUGUGAUCUGCAGGACCAGUCCAUGAUGUUUGGAAGUGACAGGAGCCGAUUUUUAGAGGGAAAACGUGCUGUGGAGGACAAGAACAUUGGGCCAUUGGUAAAGACCAUUAUGACUAGAUGUAUACAGUGUACUCGCUGCAUCAGGUUUGCUAGUGAGAUUGCAGGAGUAGAUGAUUUGGGAACAACAGGCAGAGGCAAUGAUAUGCAAGUUGGAACAUACAUUGAAAAGAUGUUCAUGUCUGAGCUAUCUGGGAAUAUCAUUGAUAUAUGCCCUGUAGGUGCCCUGACUUCUAAGCCCUAUGCCUUUACUGCCCGACCUUGGGAAACAAGAAAGACAGAAUCCAUUGAUGUGAUGGACGCCAUUGGAAGUAAUAUUGUGGUAAGCACAAGAACUGGAGAGGUGAUGAGAAUUUUGCCAAGGAUGCAUGAGGACAUUAAUGAAGAGUGGAUCUCUGACAAAACUAGAUUUGCCUAUGAUGGGCUAAAACGGCAAAGACUUACCGAGCCAAUGGUCAGAAACGAAAAGGGGCUUUUAACCUAUACCUCCUGGGAGGAUGCACUGUCUCGUGUCGCUGGAAUGUUGCAGAGUUUUCAAGGCCAGGAUGUAGCAGCAAUUGCAGGUGGCUUUGUGGAUGCUGAAGCCCUAGUAGCUCUCAAAGAUUUGCUUAAUAGAGUGGACUCUGACACCUUAUGCACUGAAGAGGUCUUUCCCACCGCAGGAGCUGGCACAGAUUUGCGUUCCAAUUACCUUCUUAAUACUACAAUUGCUGGGGUGGAAGAAGCAGAUGUUGUCCUUCUAGUUGGUACAAAUCCACGUUUUGAGGCACCACUAUUUAAUGCUAGAAUUCGAAAGAGCUGGCUUCAUAAUGACUUAAAAGUGGCCCUAAUAGGCAGUCCAGUGGAUCUGACUUACAGAUAUGACCACCUGGGAGACUCCCCCCAAAUUCUUCAAGACAUUGCUUCAGAUAGGCAUCCAUUCAGCCAGGUCCUAAAGGAAGCUAAAAAACCAAUGGUGGUUUUAGGUAGUUCUGCACUACAAAGAAAUGAUGGAGCAGCAAUUCUUGCAGCUGUUACCAGCAUGGCACAGAAGAUUCGGACAAGCAGUGGUGUUGCUAGUGAUUGGAAAGUUAUGAAUAUUCUUCACAGGAUUGCAAGCCAAGUAGCUGCUUUGGACCUUGGCUAUAAACCUGGGGUGGAAGCAAUUCGAAAGAACCCUCCCAAAGUGCUGUUUCUCCUAGGAGCAGAUGGAGGUUGUAUUACUCGACAGGAUUUGCCAAAGGAUUGUUUCAUUAUUUAUCAAGGACAUCAUGGUGAUGUGGGAGCUCCGAUAGCUGAUGUUAUUCUCCCAGGAGCUGCUUACACAGAGAAGUCAGCUACAUAUGUCAAUACCGAGGGCCGAGCUCAGCAGACCAGAGUAGCAGUGACACCACCUGGCUUGGCAAGAGAAGACUGGAAGAUUAUCAGAGCCCUCUCUGAGAUUGCUGGUAUGACUCUUCCCUAUGAUAGUCUGGAUCAAGUGAGGAACCGAUUGGAAGAAGUCUCUCCUAAUCUUGUUCGAUAUGAUGAUGUUGAAGGAGCCAACUACUUCCAGCAAGCAAAUGAGCUCUCAAAGCUAGUGAAUCAGCAACUGCUUGCUGAUCCUCUUGUCCCACCUCAGCUAACAAUAAAAGACUUCUACAUGACAGAUUCAAUUAGCAGAGCCUCACAGACAAUGGCCAAGUGUGUCAAAGCUGUAACAGAGGGAGCCCACGCAGUAGAGGAGCCAUCCAUAUGCUGAAAUGCCUACCAGAAGCAGUUUUCUGGUUUAUGGACAGUUACAUUGGAAUAUGAUCCCUUAGGGGUUAAUCUCUUU